GUGGCAGAUCGGGAAUUAGUUGGGGUACUAAAAAUUAAGUAGCCUUUGUUUAUACUUAUUUCAAAAUAUUCGGUUUUUGUAAAAAAAUUUCUUCUUAUAGUGAAAAUUAUUGGCUAUUAUGUAUUAUUUAUCACAGGAGUGUCUUGUUUAUUUUCAUUCAUAUUAGGAAUUACUCUGUACAUGAUUGAAAGAUCUCCAGUACCCCUUAUGCCAAAAACCAAGUAUUUAAUGGAAAAUCCACCUGGAUUUACUUUUCUUCCUAACAAAUAUCCUGAAAUGCCCCUUAUAUGGUAUUAUAAUGGUAUUGAAAGUAGUGUUCAUUCGAAAACAGUUAACGAUUUUUUUGAAGUCUAUGACGAUGCAGUCUCAAAAAAUGCAGACAAUUAUGUGGAUUGUGAAAAAGAAAACCCUAAAGAUCACAAUAAGAGUUGCAUCUUUAGAAGAGAUGCUUUAGGUCCAUGUGCUCAACCAACUUAUGGUUCAAAGUCACCCUGUAUUUAUUUAAAACUAAACAAACAUCCGGGUUGGGUACCAAAAUAUUAUGGUGCUUUACCUGAUAAAAUGCCAGAAGAACUUAAAAAACUAAUAAAGGCUUCCACAAACAGAAAGAAAAUAUGGGUUUACUGUCACCCUAAUAAACCAGCUGAUGAAGAUCAUUUAGGGAAUAUCAGUUACUAUCCCAAUCAAGAAAUUCAAGAAUACUACUUCCCUUUUAAUUUUCAAAAAUAUUAUUUAAGUCCUGUAGUAGCAGUUCAAAUAAAUGAUGUUGAGCCGGGUUAUCUAAGUGUUGUAAGGUGUUCAGUGUGGGCUGAUAACAUUGCACCUUCAUAA